CUCAAGGAUUGAACUCACAACCCUGGGUUUAGCAGGCCAAUGCUCAAACCACUGAGCUAUCCCUCCCCCAUGUUCUAUGGCAAGUACAUCAGAAGAAGGUGUAACAGGCUGUAAAAUUCAGCUAAACUUGAAUUCUUGGUCCCAGGAGUGCCAGGAAACUCAGAAAAAGAAUUAAUUGGAAGAAUAUUGAUCUAGACUUGAAGAAGUGGAACACAUCAGCAACAUAAUACCAAAUCCUGGUGCUUUUUGAAUCUUUGGAGGAUUGUGUUCUUUAGGAAUUCUUAUUGACAUUUUAACUAUCCCAUUUAGUACAUUUUUAAUCUGUUUGUACAUAAAGAUUAAUCUGGACAACUUGAGUUUUGUUAUUGUUUAAUUACAUUAUUGAAUGAUAAAAUAUUUGCCAAGAUGAGUGCAGAAGGAUACCAGUACAGAGCUUUAUAUGACUACAAAAAAGAGCGAGAAGAAGACAUUGACUUGCACUUAGGGGAUAUAUUAACUGUGAAUAAAGGUACCUUAGUAGCACUUGGAUUUAGUGAAGGGGAAGAAGCGAAGCCUGAGGAAAUUGGUUGGUUGAACGGCUGUAAUGAAACCACAGGGGAGAGGGGGGAUUUUCCAGGAACUUACGUAGAAUAUAUUGGAAGAAAAAAAAUAUCUCCCCCGACUCCGAAGCCUCGUCCUCCUCGACCCCUUCCUGUAGCACCAAGUUCUGCAAAAGUUGAAGCAGACAGUGAGCAGCAAGCUUUUACACUUCCAGAUCUUACAGAGCAAUUUUUGCCUCCUGACGUCGCGCCACCAAUUCUUAUCAAGAUAGUGGAGGCUAUUGAAAAGAAAGGUCUGGAAUGUUCAACUUUGUACAGAACACAAGGGUCAAGCAGUAUUGCAGAACUAAGCCAAAUUUUUGAGUGUGAUGUCUCAUCAAUGGAUUUUGAGCCAAUUGAUGUGCAGAUCUUAUCAGAUGCUCUCAAGAGGUAUCUCCUGGACCUGCCAAAUUCUGUCAUUCCAGCAUCUGUUUACAGUGAUAUGAUUUCAGGAGCUCAAGAAGUUCAGAGCUCGGACGAAUAUGCUCAGUUGCUGAAGAAACUCAUCAGGUCUCCAAAUAUACCUCACCAGUAUUGGCUCACUCUCCAAUAUUUGCUUAGACAUUUCUUCAGACUUUGUCAAACCUCCAGCAAAAAUCUCUUGAAUGCAAGAUCCCUAGCUGAAAUUUUCAGCCCUCUGCUUUUCAGAUUCCAGUUAGGAAGUUCUGAUAAUGCUGAACACCUCGUAAAAAUCCUAGAAGUUUUAAUCACAAGUGAAUGGAAUGAGAGACAGCCUGUACCAGCACUGCCUCCUAAACCACCAAAACCUAAUACUGUAAUUAACAACGGUAUGAAUAACAACAUGUCUUUACAAGAUGCUGAAUGGUAUUGGGGAGAUAUCUCAAGGGAAGAAGUAAAUGAGAAGCUUCGUGACACUGCUGAUGGUACCUUUUUGGUACGAGAUGCUUCUACCAAAAUGCAUGGAGACUACACACUUACACUAAGGAAAGGGGGAAAUAACAAAUUAAUCAAAAUAUUUCACCGAGAUGGGAAGUACGGCUUUUCCGACCCAUUAACUUUCAACUCUGUGGUUGAGCUAAUAAACCACUACCGGAAUGAGUCUCUAGCCCAGUAUAAUCCUAAACUGGAUGUAAAAUUACUUUAUCCAGUAUCCAAGUACCAGCAGGAUCAAGUUGUGAAAGAGGACAGUAUUGAAGCAGUGGGAAAGAAAUUACAUGAAUAUAAUACUCAGUUCCAAGAAAAGAGUCGAGAAUAUGACAGACUUUAUGAAGAUUACACCAGAACAUCUCAGGAAAUUCAAAUGAAAAGAACGGCUAUUGAAGCAUUUAAUGAAACAAUAAAAAUAUUUGAAGAGCAGUGCCAGACACAAGAAAGAUACAGCAAAGAGUAUAUUGAAAAGUUUAAACGGGAAGGAAAUGAAAAAGAAAUACAAAGAAUAAUGCACAACUAUGAGAAGUUGAAGUCUCGAAUAAGUGAAAUUGUGGACAGCAGACGUAGACUAGAAGAGGAUUUAAAGAAGCAAGCAGCUGAAUAUAGAGAGAUUGACAAACGUAUGAACAGCAUUAAACCAGACCUUAUACAGCUGAGAAAAACAAGAGACCAGUACUUGAUGUGGUUGACUCAAAAAGGUGUUCGGCAAAAGAAGUUAAAUGAAUGGCUGGGCAAUGAAAAUACAGAAGACCAGUACUCUAUGGUGGAAGAUGAUGAGGAUUUGCCCCAUCAUGACGAGCGAACGUGGAAUGUGGGAAAUAUCAACAGAAGCCAAGCUGAAAAUCUGCUGCGGGGAAAACGGGAUGGAACGUUCCUUGUUCGGGAGAGCAGCAAACAGGGCUGCUAUGCUUGCUCUGUUGUGGUGGAUGGAGAAGUAAAGCACUGUGUCAUAAACAAAACCCCUAGUGGGUAUGGAUUUGCAGAGCCAUAUAACUUGUACAGCUCUCUUAAAGAACUGGUGCUACAUUACCAACACACAUCACUCGUGCAGCACAAUGACUCUCUCAAUGUCACACUAGCCUACCCAGUAUAUGCACAGCAGAGGCGAUGAAGACCUUGAUACUCUGUUUUAAAACAAAAAAAUCAACAACACUGAGGCCUCUGGAGAGAGAAGGUUCCUUUCAGCCUGAUUUGUGAAUUUCAGCUGCAGUAUCAAAGCUGUCUGUCUUCAGAUGGGACUAGAGCUUUCUUGACAACUGCAGUGGGAGAGAUCACAGUAUUAAGCUGUGAAUGUAUGUUUCUAAUCUAAAGUGCUUUUUUAUUGAGAAAAGAAAAACACAACAAGAGAGGGAAAUGCUAUACCUAUCUCCCUGCAGGAACAUAGAGGCCUUUAACCAUGGUGCUUGUUUACGAUCUCUUUGAAGCUUUACCAGCUAGAAUGUGGGAUUCUGCAGACCCAAGGGGCAACAGGUCUGUGUAAUUCUGUUAAUGGAAUUUCUCAGUCAUGGCGAGGUUCAGAUUUGGUGUUGCUGUACUCAGUGGAUCCGGGCACAGAGCAUUGUGGAUUUUCGUUUCCUGAUGAAUGAUAUGUAGCAGAAAGGCACUUUCACUUAUAAGGGACACUUUAAAAAGACUUCGGUUACAGUAUGUUGUUCAGAGGAAAUGAUGUAGUAGCAAAGUGCCAGGAAGUGUUUUGUUUAGAUGUUUAAAAUCCCGUGUUAAGAACAUAUUUAAGACUGAAGAGAAUGGGACUUUCAAUGGCAUAUGGUAUAUAAAAAUGUACAUAGUGGAUGACUAACUAUCAUCAGUGGAAACUAUCAAUACCAAACUGCUUCUAUUUUCUCUUUUCUGUUUGCUGAAAGCUGAAUCCUUAGACAGUGCUAUGCAAUACUGAAUUUUCUUUUGGUUAUAUUUCUUUUUCAAGUAUACCUACAGGAUAAGCUUUUUUUCUGUUUUUUGUUGCCUGAAAAAUGUAUUUCCUGAGUAUUAUUUUUUGUUAAUAUUCAUUUUGUUGUUCGGGAUUUUUUGUUUUGUUGUGUUUUUUUAAGAAAUGUACAGGAUGCCAGUAAAAGUUGGCUUCAGAAUUAAAACUAUGAAUAUUUUACAGUUUUCCUUGUAUAGAAGGUUAAAAAGGUUUUUUUUUUUUUUUUUUUUUUUUUUUUUUUUUUUUUUGGACUAAAUAUUUUGUUGGGCAGUGCCUGAUAAGCUUCAAAGCUGCUUUAUUCAAUAAAAAUAUAUGAGCAUUACAAAGUAUCACUGAGUCUAACAAUAUUGUUUCAAGGAUACCUUUCGAAUAUGGUACCACUCUAUAUUUGCUUCUUAAAGCCUUUUGAACUUCUGUCCCGAUUGUCUUUGUAUUUGGAAGAAAAAAAAAUGUGCAUCCUCUUCUGAGUGUUACUAUGGAAGAACAAAUGAAAAACUGGAUACUAUAGUAGUCAGUUUGGAUUUCAAGCUCAAUCCACAUAGUAAAUCCAUCAUAAAAAGUAAAUCCAGCAUCUUGAUCUACCAUAGUAGACUCUGUCAGCAUGUCAAGAUACUUUUCAUUUCAUAUGAAGGAACAGAGGGGUAGCCAUGUUAGUCUGGAUCUGGAAAAAGCAACUAAGAGUCCGGUGGCACCUUUUAGACUA